GCCUCUGCCACCGACCUGUCGGGCUGGCAGGGCCAGGUCUGGGCAGGUUGGAGGGGGCGGGAGCCGGCACCCAGAUCCCCGCCCUGCUCCCAGCACCCAGGCCUCUCACAGGCCUUGCCUGGGCUCCCGCAGGCCCUAGGCAGGGACAUCGGGGGACCCUGGAGUGACCCCCACAUCCACUCCACCGGCUGCGGCUGUGCAGGCCGAGGGGCGAUGUCACCUGGUGGCCUGUGAGGCGCCCACCAUGGCCCGGUCCCUGACCCGGGGCUGCUGUCCCUGGUGUCUGACAGACGAGGAGAAGACAGCGGCCAGAAUCGACCAGGAGAUCAACAAGAUUUUGUUGGAACAGAAGAAACAGGAGCGCGGGGAACUGAAACUCCUGCUGCUGGGACCCGGGGAGAGUGGAAAGAGCACAUUCAUCAAGCAGAUGCGCAUCAUCCAUGGCGCCGGCUACUCAGAGGACGACCGCAGGGCCUUCCGGCCACUCGUCUACCAGAACAUCUUCGUCUCCAUGCAGGCCAUGAUCGAUGCCAUGGACCGGCUGCAGAUCCCCUACAGCAGACCUGACAGCAAGAAGCAUGCCAGCCUGGUGAUGACCCAGGACCCCUAUAAAGUGACCGCGUUUGGGAAGCCAUAUGCAGUGGCCAUGCAGUACCUGUGGCGCGACGCGGGCAUCCGCGCCUGCUACGAGCGCAGGCGUGAAUUCCACCUGCUGGACUCGGCAGUGUACUACCUGUCACACCUGGAACGCAUCGCUGAGGAGGGCUACAUCCCCACAGCGCAGGACGUGCUGCGCAGUCGCAUGCCGACCACAGGCAUCAAUGAAUACUGCUUCUCCGUGCAGAAAACUAAGCUUCGCAUCGUGGAUGUUGGUGGCCAGAAGUCGGAGCGUAAGAAAUGGAUCCACUGCUUUGAGAAUGUCAUAGCCCUCAUCUACCUGGCCUCCCUGAGCGAGUAUGACCAAUGCUUGGAGGAGAAUGAUCAGGAGAACCGCAUGAAGGAGAGCCUAGCACUGUUCAGCACAAUCCUAGAGCUACCCUGGUUCAAGAGCACCUCGGUUAUCCUCUUCCUCAACAAGACAGACAUCCUGGAGGAGAAGAUCCACACCUCCCACCUGGCCACAUACUUCCCCAGCUUCCAGGGUCCCCGACGCGACGCAGAGGCCGCCAAGCGCUUCAUCAUGGACAUGUACGCGCGUGUGUACGCGGGCUGCGCGGAGCCCCACGAUGGCGGCAGGAAGGGGUCCCGCGCGCGCCGCCUCUUUGCACACUUCACCUGCGCCACGGACACGCACAGCGUCCGCAGUGUGUUCAAGGAUGUGCGGGACUCGGUGCUGGCUCGGUACCUAGACGAGAUCAACCUGCUGUGACGUGGCCCGCCCGGCCUCAGUUUACCCACGGGGCGGGGCCGGGACUCCACCCGGGACGUCCCUCGGGGCACCGUGGUGGCAAGGACAGGGCACUCCCUGGCGGACGCGCGGGAAUCUGCAGGGCGAGGGCUCCCCACGCUGGCCCAGGCCCGAGCGCGAUUCAUUCCCUUGCCCUCCUUCUAGUUACCAGAGAAAGGACAAGAGUCAGGCCUUUAACCCGGGCACUCGGGAGGCAGAGGCAGGAGGAUGUCUGCGAGUUCCAGGACAGCCAGGGCUACCUAGACCGGAUUGAACCAGUCUGGGGCCCUGUCCACAUCCUCCGUGCCAUCCUCACCCUGGAGCACGCGUGAAGGUGUCAUGGAGGGAGAGAGGAAGUUCUCUUGGUUGUCUGCCCACUCGUGGGCCUGAGGUAGAAGCCAGCCAAAGACGGUUUUGACAUGUCCACAGCCGUGAGGAGCCCUCUGUCCCCAGACUCCAGCCCACCACACUACUCAGCGUUGCCCCACACCGCUGUGCGCUUGGUUCCUCCACGGGCGGCGAGAUGGCUCCGCCUGUGAAGGCGCUUGCGGCCAAGCCUGACCGCCGGAGUUCGGUCCCCCGAUCGCGCGGUAGGAACAGUGCCUGAGUCUCAGAGUCGGAUCCCACAGGCGUGCAUGGU